AUGUACAUACACACAUACAUAUGUGUGUGUGUGUGUGUGUGUAAAGAAAGAGAGAAGAUAUUCCUAUCCAGGGAUGAUAUGCAAAAUAUUGGAUUGGCCACCAAGUUGAUGCCAGUUUUUCCAUGUGCUCAGGUGUGUCUGACUCUUUGUGACCCCGUGAACUGCAGCCCGCCGGGCUCCUCUGUCCAUGGGAUUCUCCAGGCAAGAAUCCUGGAGUGGGCUGCCACACCCUCCUCCAGGGGAUCUUCUCCACCCGGGGAUCAAACCCAGGUCUGCCGCACUGCAGACAGAUUCUUUACCCCUGGACCACCACGGAAGCCCGACAAUACUGGGAUGGGUAGCCUAUCCCUUCUCCAGCAGAUCUUCCCGACCCAGGAAUUGCACCAGUGUCUCCUGCAUUGCAGGCCAAUUCUUCACCAGCUGAGCUACCACGGAAGCCCAGAUUUUCUGUAA